AUGAAUGUCCACACUUUCCACAUUGCAAAGGGCCUCAAUACCAAUGCCAACACGGCUGAGAUUCAUACAGCCAUAAGCCUUGAGUGCGCGGGGAGUCUGACAGCCCUGUCAGCCUUCUCCCACGAGAAGCUGACAAGUCAAAUCUGUCUCGCAGACGCGAAUGAGGGUAAAGCCAUCGCUCUACGCCCCCGGUCUCAGCACUCGGGGACACCCAGUAAAAGCAGCGACUCUGAGUCUCUGAACCUCUGCCUCCAGAGUGCGCUGUCUGCCCUCUACCCUCCUUUCCAGGCCACGGGCUCUACCCUCCUCUGCCAGGUUUUAAACAUCGUGGAGAGUUGUUACCGGGGGGACGGCCUACGCUACCUCAUCCACUUCCUGCUGCCUGCAAAGCACAUCCUGCAGUGCAUCCAGCAAGACGCCUGUCUGCCAUACUGUGGGCUGUUGUUUCGUCAUGAGGGCUGGCCCCUGUGUGUCCAGGAGAAGGUAGUCAUCCAUCUGUGUCCACUGGACAGCAGCAUUCUCUGCCCAGGAGACUUCUACUUGCUAGUGUCUCCCCCUGACUGCUCCCCUGACAGAGGCUCCUUACCGGUGGUGCAAGUGUGUUGCUUGUCAGCCAGCGGCCGCUAUGUGGAAGAGGUGGAGGUGUCCCACAUAGAACUUGGCUCGCUCUUCACUAUGGCCUGGCUGGACUCUGUCAACAGGGCAAGAGAAGAGAGGGGGGCAUCCCACCUACGACACUGCCUCCUGUCAGCCAACCAGGAUGUCUUCAGGCUCCCCUGGGAGGACCUGGUCCACCCACAACUUAUUAGCCAGUCCACGACCAUACCCACUGCUGUCCCCGCCAGAGACAAAGGAAAGGAAACACAGGGUGGAGGCAGGUUGAUUGACAAUUCAGAUGAUCAGUAUGAAGACAGUUCCUCUCUCAAUAAAAAUGUGAAGCUCCUCCCACUCUUGAGAGGAGUCUCCAGUGAACAGGCAGAGCUGAAACUAUUCAGGGACCGGGACUCAGCGGUCCAGUCCGAAGAGGUACAGACAGAAAUAUAUGCGUUAGAUGAGGCAGAGAAGGAGGUGAAAGUGGAGGAGAGGAGGGGUCAGAAUGGGAAGGUGACAGAGGAUGAGAGAAGAGGACAUUUGGGGAAGGUGAGAGAGAAGGAGUGGGUGGUGGAGAAGGGAGAGGACGGUGCUCUGAACUGUAGAAGAGGAAGCAGUGGAGACUCCUCUGAUGGACACAGGCAUACUGAAGACCUCAGUGAAGCCCACAGUGUGUCCUCCCCACAGGAGGAAGAUGAAGGCCUGAAAGAGGAAGAGGAAAAGCCUCGAUCUAGGGAGGUUGGUGUGCAGCGUGCUGCAGAGCCUCAGACUGAAGAUUCUAGCAGUCAACAGCCUCCAGUCCAUACAGUGGAUUGUCUCUCUAAUGGUACAAGUACAGUAAAACCAGCCGAACCACCAGCCUCUCCCCAGCUAAACCAGUCAGCAUUCAGUAAAAUCCAACUCCAGUCUGCAGUCUGCUCCAGGAGCCAGCUUUUUCUCAGCGCUGUGCUGAGCUCUGGCGCCCUCUGUCUGCCUGGAACUAAAGACAGAGCUGGCCGUGCAUUGCUGACAGUCUGUGCGGGGCACAACGUGUGGUUGAGUCCUGGCUCUAACAGUACAGAGCUGGUCAGCAUUCUGCUCUACUUAACCUCCACCGUCAGGAAGGAUGUGCGUAUGUUGGGGCUGACGUUGCUGCUGGACGCUCGCACUUCUCCUCCUGUCUCAGCCCUCCUCACAGCCAUUUCCACCCUACAGGAGACCAUACCAGGCUGCAUUCAUACUGUGUUGCUGCUGGCUGACAGAGAUCUGGCUCUGCACAUUUACGGACCCCCACUUGCCCAGGUGGAGUUGGUGACCUCUCUGAAGUCUCUACAGAAAUAUAUCGACGUAUCUCAGCUCCCCACUGAAUAUGAGGGAUCCUUUCCCUUCUCCCACCCCAGCUGGCUCUCCUUCUACUUGAGAGUCGAGCAGUUGACCAAUCAGUGUCAAGAUGUUGUCAGCCUUCUACAGAGGACCAUCAACAUCCUGGAGACAAGCCCCCUGCCAUCAAGCUCCGAGACUCUGGGUCUAUGGUCAGACAAGAAUGAAUUUGUUUCUCUGUGUCAGGAAGCCCAAGACCUGUUGACUCACUACAGAGGUCUAAUGCAAAGUGUCCUGGAAGACAGCCGACUGGUCGUAUUGCAGCUAGAGGGCGGAGCCUCACUCUCAUGUCUUCGCAAAGAGGAGAGUAGUGUUACCCUCACUGAAGAUUACAGAGAGUCAGUGGAAGCUGUGUCCAGUCUGUAUGAGCUUGUGGAUGAAUCGGUCCACAAACUAGUUAAGCUGUCUAACUCACGGAUGCGCCAGCUUGAAUUCAUCAUGGAGUUCAGGAGCCUUGAACAGGGCUUCAAAAAGGUGAGACACUGGGUGGAGUGUGUGGGGGAAAGCAAGCUGAGAAGUCUUGGACAGGAGGAGAAUUCUCUGGAACAGCUGAUCAGCAAACAACAGGAUUUCAAAGACUUCUAUGGCAUGGCAUAUGAGCAAUGUAAAGCAGGAGAGGCUCUCUUGAAGCAUUUGGAGCGAUGGGAGGAUUUGCCGUCAGCCGAGCUGCAGGUUUACAAGGUCAAAGUUCACUCCUUCUGGGCUGUCCUGCAGGACUUCUCCCAGCGAGUCGACAGCACAAGAGAACGAAUUGAUAAGAUGAUCCACCUCUACCGCUUCUAUGACAAGGCCUAUGGGUGGGCAAUUGAGGGCAUGCGCCAACUGGCCAGUGUCAGCAUUGAGGACUGUAUGCUGCCAGGUAAAUGCCAGACCAUGAUUGGCUCCUUAGAGAGCUACCGCCAGCAGCACCCACCCAUCCCAGAGGCUAGUUUCCAGGAGAUGAAGGAGCUCGCGGAAGAGCUGGGGAGUGAGCAGGGUCUGCGCCAGUGGAAAUUUGCCUGGACCAAGUGUCAGGAGACCAGAAAAGUGUUGGACAGGAAACUGGAGGUGGCACUGAGGACCCGCAGGAACCUCAUGAAGGAGAUGGACAAGGGAGCUGAUGAGGGAGACUCUUCCUACAGCCAUGAGAGGGGCAAAAGUGCUUCUUUUUCCACCUGGAAGUCGUUUUCUGGGGGGUGGGGCUGCAGAGAGAAGCUCUCCUUAAUCUCUAGACCCCAAGAGGAAGACCCCUCCUCCCCUUCUCCCAGCAAAGCCCUCUCCAACACUCCCCAACCCUCCCCAGUCACACAGCGCCUAACCCGCAGUUCCUCCAUAGAGGAGGGUUCUCUCCGAGCCGCUGCCUCCUCCCUCACGCCCCUAAUGGACUCCUCCAGCCGACGGCAGCAGCUUCGGAAGACCCAAAGUUUCGACUGCCCCCCCACCCCUGAGGCAGCACGCUAUGGUCUAUGCCAGCGGUCUCACAGCGAGCCGCACCGGAGGGGCAACACCGGGGUAUUCAUCAAAGGCCUGGAGGUUAGCAGCACUGAAGUGGCUGAGCGACCCUUCAAUGCUCGGAAAGCUGCAAACAGCUGGGCUGGAGAGACGAUCCGCAGCACCACCACCAGCCCUAUAGUGGAGCCUCGCACCAAGGGCAGUAAACUACGGCACAUCAUAGAGGAGAUGGUCACCACAGAGAGAGACUACGUGCGUUCUCUUCAGUACGUAAUCCAGCACUACUUCCCAGAGAUGGAGCGCACUGACUUACCUCAAGACCUGCGGGGAAAACGCUCGGUCAUCUUUGGAAACCUGGAGAAGCUUCUGGACUUCCACAGCCAGUUCUUCCUGAAAGAACUUGAGGCUUGCUGGAGACACCCACUAAGAGUGUCUGACUGCUUCCUCCGACAUCAGGAGCAGUUUGCUCUGUAUGCCCUGUACAGCAAGAACAAACCCAAAUCUGACUACCUGUUGUCUAGCCACGGAAACACAUUCUUCAGGGAGAAGCAGUUAGAGUUGAAGGAUAAGAUGGAUCUGGCCUCCUACCUGCUGAAGCCAGUUCAGAGGAUGAGUAAAUAUGCCUUGCUGCUGAAAGAUCUCAUUAAGGAGGUCAGUCAUGCUCAGGAGGCAGAGCUCACCGCCCUUCAUACUGCUACCCAGAUGGUCAAGUUCCAGCUGCGCCAUGGAAACGAUCUGCUGGCCAUGGAUGCCAUCAUUGACUGUGAUGUAAACUUGAAGGAACAAGGCCAGCUUAUCAGGCAGGAUGAGUUUACUAUCUGGAAUGGGAGGAGGAAGUGUCAGCGUCAUGUCUUCCUGUUUGAGGACUUGGUUCUGCUCAGUAAAACUAAGCGGGUGGAGGGGGGCUUGGAUGUUUUCAUCUACAAACACUCCUUUAAGAGUGCUGACUUGGGACUGACAGAGUCAUCCGGAGACAGCGGGCUGCGCUUUGAGAUCUGGUUUCGACGGAGGACGACCAAAAACCAAGUUUUUGUCCUACAGGCAGCAAGAGAGGACAUCAAACAGUCCUGGACCAGAGACAUAGGCCGCAUUCUGUGGAGACAAGCCACUAGGAACAAAGAAAUUAGGAUGAAGGAGUUGGUUUCUAUGGGAGUUGGUAACAAACCCUAUCUGGACAUCCAGCCCAGUGAAGCAGCCAUCAGUGACAGAGCAGUGGAUUACAUCAUGAAAGGCAGAGGUGCCAGGACACGGGCUUCGAUCGCAGUCUCUCUGUUUGACCACUCCAAUCCUUUUAAGCGAGCAGCGGUGAGUGUACCCUCUGUGACCUCCGAGUCGGUGACCUCAGGACGAUCUUCCUGCUCCUUGCUGGGGUCUCUCAACCUGCACACAUACAGAGUUAACACCUGUGAAGUGACACCGUCCAUCUUUGAGAUGUCAUGUACCACUUCUCCUCCUCCCCUCCCCAGUGGUCAGAGCUUCCUGGUCCCUGCACCAGCGGAGAACUCUUUCAUCACUUCCUGUAUCGAGGAGGACGAGCUGGAGAAUGAGACCAGCAGCCAGCCCUCCAUAAGUGUAAAGUCCACGCUGAAGCUGUACCCAACCGUGGAUGAAGACGUUCUGAUGCAGACUGUUUAA